ACUUAGAUCUUUUCAGUUAUGGUCAAAGGAUGGCUAAAUGGUCAUUAGGAAAUGAUUUGCAGUAAAACUCUGACCAAGCAAGGGAAAAGGAAAGAAAAGGGCAGGAUGCAGAAAAGGAGCAUGUGCUUUAUGCCUCGUUUUUGAAAAUAACGAGCAAUUAUAAUUAUUCACCUUGUUUUACAGCUCAGAAAGAAAGUGGCAUUGCACAAAGCCAUACCAACAUCCGUCGUGAUUAGAAAGUGCUCCACACCUUGGAGAAGAGUGGAGACAUAAGAAUAAUUUCAAAUGCAAAUUAAAUUGAGGGGGUAGCAGAGAGAAUAUAUAAAAGACAGUAAAACAAAACCUUUCCAUUUUCCCAAAUUAGCAGUCUGAUGUGUUCAAAAAAGCACUUCAGCUUAGAUCUCAUACUUAAAGGUUGCAUUUCAUCAUAAUAUAAAAUAGGCAAUCCAUCAUUUUUCUUUUCUCAGCGCUCUUGGAUCGUAUUUGAAGGGAAAAUUAGAAACUGUUCAUUUUGGCUGGCAGGCUCCGGUGUAGUGCACAGCUCUGUUCCAUGCACUGCAGCAUGAUCGAAGGGGGUCCAUAACUGCUGGAACUGAGCUGAAUUUUUCUCCUUGAAACUAAAGAAACAGCACAUUUAUAAUAUCAAGGAUGGAUUACCCAAAGAUGGAUUACUUUCUGGAUGUUGAAUCUGCUCACAGACUGUUCUACAGUCAAGGAGCUCAAGCUCGCCGGGCGACCCUGCUCCUUCCUCCCACAUUAAUGGCGGCAUCUUCGGAAGAUGAUAUAGACCGGCGGCCCAUCAGGAGAGUGCGGUCCAAGAGCGAUACUCCGUAUCUCGCCGAGGCUAGGAUCUCCUUUAACCUAGGGGCAGCUGAGGAAGUGGAGAGACUGGCGGCAAUGCGCUCUGACUCCCUGGUCCCUGGUACUCACACCCCGCCAAUCCGGAGAAGGAGUAAGUUUGCUAACUUGGGAAGGAUUUUCAAGCCGUGGAAAUGGAGGAAGAAGAAAAGUGAAAAGUUCAAGCACACAUCAGCAGCCCUGGAAAGAAAAAUAUCAAUGCGACAAAGCAGAGAGGAGCUUAUAAAACGAGGAGUCUUGAAGGAAAUCUAUGAUAAAGAUGGAGAACUUUCUAUAUCCAGUGAAGAGGGAUCAUUGGAGAAUGGUCAAUCCUUGAGCUCCAGCCAGCUUUCACUUCCUGCUCUUUCAGAAAUGGAACCUGUUCCGAUGCCCAGGGAUCCCUGCUCUUAUGAGGUGCUCCAACCCUCAGACAUCAUGGAUGGGACAGUGUCUGAAGAAAGCCCCUCAGCCAGUGAGUCCGGAGCCCUCCUGUCCCAAGAUCCUUCAGCUAAGCCAGUUCUACUACUUCCCCCCAAAAAAACUGCUGCUUUCCCUGGAGACCAUGAGGAGACCCCAGUGAAACAGUUGCCCCUCCUCAAGCAGCCCCCUGCCCUGCCUCCUAAACCUAUUGCCAGGAUUGCCAACCAUUUAACGGAUCCUGGCGCCCCUGUGAAAUUGCCUUGUUUGCCAGUGAAACUGUCUCCUCCACUACCUCCAAAGAAAGUCAUGAUUUGCAUGCCUUUAGGAGGGCCAGAACUCUCCCUUGCUUCCUACGCUGCUCAGAAGAGUGCCCAGCAGGCCAUGGCUCAGCAUCACCACACUGUCCUGCCAUCCCAGUUGCAACAUCAGCUGCAGUAUGGCAGCCACAGCCAGCACCUCCCCUCCGCCUCCAGCUCACUACCUAUGCAGCCAUCAGGUUGCAGGAUGAUAGAUGAAUUGAAUAAGACACUGGCAAUGACCAUGCAGCGACUGGAAAGUUCUGACCAGCGAGUGCCCUGUUCUUCUUCCUACCACAGUUCUAGCUUACACUCGAGUGACGGUGUCACAAAAACAGGACCGAUGGGCCUUCCAGACCUAAGACAAGUGCCAACUGUAGUGAUUGAAUGUGAUGACAAUAAAGAAAAUGUGCCUCAUGAAUCUGAUUAUGAAGAUUCCUCCUGCCUGUACACGAGGGAAGAGGAGGAUGAGGAUGAAGAUGAAGAUGAUGACAGCUCAUUAUACACUAGUUCUUUGGCUAUGAAGGUGUGCCGAAAGGAUUCCUUGGCCAUCAAGCUCAGCAACAGGCCCUCCAAGCGAGAACUAGAAGAAAAAAACAUUUUGCCCAGGCAGACUGAUGAGGAGAGGCUGGAACUGAGGCAGCAAAUUGGGACCAAGCUUACCAGGCGACUGAGCCAGAGGCCGACUGCUGAGGAGUUGGAGCAAAGGAACAUUCUGAAACCUCGUAAUGAACAAGAAGAACAAGAAGAAAAACGAGAGAUCAAGAGGAGGCUAACCCGAAAGCUCAGUCAGAGGCCCACGGUUGAAGAGCUCCGUGAAAGGAAGAUUCUCAUUCGCUUCAGUGAUUAUGUGGAAGUGGCCGAUGCUCAGGAUUAUGACAGAAGAGCAGACAAGCCCUGGACCCGACUUACUGCUGCAGAUAAAGCUGCCAUUCGGAAAGAACUCAAUGAAUUUAAAAGCACUGAAAUGGAAGUUCAUGAAUUAAGUAGACAUCUAACAAGGUUUCAUCGACCGUAGCAGUUGAAUUCCACUUGAGUACUAUGCUGUCUUCAAAACAUGAAUUUAUAAGAACCAUAAGUGCUGGUAUUAUUCACUUCUCCCAUUACCAUGUAAAUCUUCUGAACUGCCUUUUUUUAAAAGAAGAGAAAAGAAGAAAAAUAAACAUAAUGAGGAUUAUAUAUAUAUUAUACAUAUCUGUAAACUUGAUGGUUACCAUUCAGUCAUCAGACCUGCUGACAUAACUUCUGACAGUGAAAUACCCCCCACCCCACCCCUGGCAGGGCCAAGGACAACAGCUUGGCGUCCUCAUUUUAAGACUUUCUGGCAUGUGGAUGUGUCCUAUUUGUCCAAGCCCAGCUGGUAACUGCAUUCAUUCUGUCUUCAGCCACCCUCAUUCUCGCAAGUAUCUGUCACUCAACUCCAAAGAAAACUGAAUGACUGUACAGAGUAAAAAAGUUCAGACUAGCCUUUUAAGUAAAAUCCCAAGCACUUAAACCAAAUGUGGCUUCUGGUUUGGGAAGCACCUUAGGAGGAGGAAGCAGUCAGGGAGUGCUGCUCUUAGCGACCCCUUUCCUUACCACUCCUUCCAUCUCAUACCUGUCUCCAUCCUCCAUACACUAAACACAAAGGAAAGCCCUUUUCUACCUGUGUUUAUAAUCAACUAUUGGUCACCAGAGGGGUGUGCACCUUGAGGAGCUGAAAGUUCAACCUGGAUAACUGGUAGAAUCACCUCAGAGCAAAGCUGUCUCCUUCCAGCAAAAUUUGCUUAAAAUGAAUAAAGUCAGCAUAUUUAUUUAUUAAUGAAAAUGGAUGACCCCCCAACUGUUAGAAAUCAGAAUGCCACCAGCAUUCUCUCUCACACGCACAUAAUAACUGAAUGUUAUUAAGGUACAAUGGUUAUAUAGGCAUGUAUAUAUCAAACUUGCUUUAUGGACACAAUGGUCUACCUAGCCACCCUGCUUGGCUUCUGUUCUUAAUUUUCCUAACAUGCUCCAAUGCUGAUUUUUGUAAAGUGCACCAUUUUAAGAUUAUGUAUGUCUUCGAAGGGAAGUGGGCACAGCAACAAAGCCUGAAGGGCUGGAAACAAGAGUUCAUGCUGCCACCAUUGGUCCUUAAAUAACAGAUGGGCCCCUCCUCCAAAAACACCACACUUGGCUUUCAAUUCCCUCAUCUUUUGAAGAGUUCUCUUGGAAGCACAUUGGCAAUUCUAUGUGAGCUCAGCAUGCAUCAGAACUGUACAGCUAAGAACACCAGCCAUCCCAUGGUGCACCCUAUUGAUCCUUUAAAACCAGCAUGAUUUUUUUCCCCAACUCUUUUAUAAUGCAAAUAAGAAUGAGUUGAUUUACGAAAUGCUUGCCCUAAUUGGCCAGUAAAAAAGAAAAUGCACUAAUCUUGAGGGAAUAUGGAUCUCUCAAUGCAUUAUGAUGAAAAGACUCAACUCUUAAACUGAUCUCUCACAGUGGACAUAACUACUGUCCUCAAGGGAGUCAUAUUUACUUUAGUUUUGUUUCUGAGAGAGCCAAUAAGUCCAGAGUAAUAAAGCUCUCUACCCAGAUAUGUGUGAAAAUUUGCUUGUCAUUCUAAUAAUUUAAUGAGAUCCUUGCAUUCUCCACCUCAUGUAUAUUUUACUUAGAAGUAAACUAACUAGACUUACACACAAACAAAAAGUUAAUCCCAUCACCUUCCCCAAACACUAUCACAAUCACCACUAUCAACCCUAAAGAUACCAUAUUUGAUUUGUGGCAGAAGGAAGUCCUUUAAAUUCUUGCCAACAGCUGGGGUCAUGCUGCUUUCAGGGGGACAGCACAUAUCUGGAAUAGGUAGGACAGCUCCUCAGGGUAGAGUUCGCCAGCUAAAGGACCCCCACUCAUGAAUUCCUCCAGGCCAUUAGGAAGGUGCAUCCCAAGGGUCCGGUGUGUAUGUUAUUCCUGAGGCUUUUUGUUUUUAUUUGAAUGUUGAGUUUUACUAUCUAUUGUUAUGGGGAGACAUUUUGUUCAAGGAGAAUGUACCAGGAUUUUAAUUCAGCUGUAAAUAAGAUCUUCCCAAAAGGUUUACUGACAUGUGAAUGUGCAAAGUGGCUUAAUGAAAGAGUUAGGGCCCUAUUGUUUGACUCCUAUACCCAGUAUUGAAGGUGCUGGUAUUGUGUUGGUUUCCAAGUUGAGGGAAAUUGGUUUUUCCUACCCCUGUUAGGUCACCAGUAACCUGCAGUACUUCAUGAUAUACAAUAACCCUUGGUUUUCCCUUAGAAUAAGGGGGAAAUUCUUCUGUGGGCUAUACCCCUCUCACCAAGGGAUUAAUGUCUCCACUCUGCUUUUUAAGCCCUCUGAGGGCUCCAUGUAACAUUCCUAGAUCUCACAAGGAGCCAACCAGCAAGAUAACCUGGGUUCUCUCCCUGAAGUGCCCAACUAUUGCGGUCCACUUUAUAUAUAAGAUGAUUAACCAAAUUUAUUUUUGCCUUCCUGCAAAACCCCUUUUCCCCAGACAACAUUUGCACUGUUAGAUGUGUAUCAUCACAACCCUCUGACAACAGUGGGAAUUGUGCUUGCAGGGCCACAAUGGGAUAUUUCCAGCUUCACUUAUGUGGCUCUUAUGCCCACCUCACUCCCACCAUCUACCAUGGGUAGCAUCAACAAAUAUGGACUGCAGGCUGAGGCCCUCUACUCUGUGGCUGUUUUUGUAAUACCUUGAGUUCUUCAUUGAAGUCUGUCAUUUCUUUUUACAACAUUGCUAUGUCAAUUGAGCCAAUACACGUUACUUUGUAAGACUUUGAUUCCAAUUCAGACAGAAGAGGGGUAUCCUAGAUUCUGUUUAAACUGCAUCUCUCUUCUAAGGAAGCUAUAGUUUUUGACUGAAGGCUUCUAUUAUGUAAUAUGAAUUCCCAGUGCUCAAAAAUCUAUGGGGAACAUCUGGAUUAUUUUAAGAAGGGGGGAAAAGAUGUUAUAUUUUCUAGCCAAGGUUAAUUUUACCAAACAUAGACUCCUUAAUGCUGGAAGAAAAAAGAUUUCUAUGUAUAUUUCUGUCGGUUUGCUUUUGUUUUUGUUUUUUUAAUUCUAAAGCCAGUUUUCAUCUUCAAUUACAACAGGUUGGAAUUGGAAGGGACCUUUAAAAUCACCUAACUCCACUUCUUAAUUUGAAAUUCAGAGAGGUCAAAACUUUCCCCAGAUCAUAUAGUAAAUAGUGGCUCUAAGAUUUGGACCUAUAAAUGAUACUGUUUCUGCAUCCAAGGACAGAGUGGAUCCCCUGAACCAGGGGCUUUCCAUUCAAUUAGAAAACAUACACAGUGAAUAGUCGGUGAAAUAGAAACAGUUGUCAAUGUUUCAUUCUUUUCCCUUCUUGAGAAAGGAGCAUUUACAAAGUGAAAAACUAAUAUGGUGGCACACACUCAGAAGAAUGAUAUCUUUUAACAUUUCUUCAUGCAGAGGAUUAGCCAACGAUACCUGAAAUGGCUUUUUCCCAUGUGUCUGUUACAUCCAGAACCAGCUGCAUUUUCCAGUUGCUAACCCAGUGUCUGUACAUAGCUCAUCUUUGUAUAGGAGUGAAUGUGGUGGCUGUCAAUCCUGUGCUCUUCAAGUAUUGUAAUUGACCAGAUCAUGAAAAAAAAAAAAUUAUCUGUAAAUAGGAGAACAAUUAAA